GCGCUGGAGUACUUGUAUAAAAAUAGUUGCAUUGCAUAACGGUGAGACUCAGACAGCAGAAGAAAUUUUGCAACUUCCUCUCUUUCAAAUUACUCGAAGCUGCUUCUUCUCUUUCCUUGCUAGAUCUUCAAUCGCUCUAAUGGAGGAUCGUAAAGAGAAAAAUGCACCAUGGCUGUCAGUACCACAGUUUGGGGAUUGGGAUCAGAAGGGUGAAUUGCCGGAUUACUCGAUGGAUUUCACGAAAAUAAGGGAAAUGAGGAAGCAGAACAAGAGGGAUGUGUCAAGAGCCAGUCUUGGUAAUGAAGAAGACCUUAUUAACCCAAUAGCCACAAAUGCAAAAGCUGCCCAUAGUGAUCACCACCACAACGAUCAUUAUCAUCAAAGCCACCACCAGUCCCCUAAUACAAGGAGGAGCAUUUUCAGCUACUUCAACUGCUGUGUUAAAGCCUGAUGUUCAAGGACAUAUUUAUCGUCUUCUAGGUCACCUGUAAUGAUAAUGUAUUUUAGAGAAACAUUAUUUCUUUAGUCUCUUCCAUUGUAUGGUUUUGGUUUUCUUUUUCUAUUUUAAGCUGUUUUUGUUUUCUUCAUCACCCUUGAUUUCGGACGGAAACAAUGAUGCAUUUGUAAAUUGGUGAUAAUUGAUGACUUCACUUUGAUC